UGUAAAUGAAAUGGUCACAGAAAAUAACUUAUCUGUUGGAGGAGGAGCUGUAACUGUAUAUAAUGAAGAGGAGGAGCUGUAACUGUAUAUAAUGAUGAGGAGGAGCUGUAACUAUAUAUAAUGAAGAGGAGGAGCUGUAACUAUAUAUAAUGACGAGGAGGAGCUGUAACUAUAUAUAAUGAAAGAGGGGGAGGAGCUGUAACUGUAUAUAAUGAAGAGGAGGAGCUGUAACUAUAUAUAAUGAGGAGGGGGAGCUGUAACUAUAUAAUGAAGAGGAGGAGCUGUAACUAUAUAAUGAAGAGGAGGAGCUGUAACUGUAUAUAAUGAAGAGGAGGAGCUGUAACUAUAUAUAAUGAUGAGGAGGAGCUGUAACUAUAUAUAAUAAGAGGAGGAGCUGUAACUGUAUAUAAUGAAGAGGAGGAGCUGUAACUCUAUAUAAUGAAGAUGAGGAGCUGUAACUAUAUAAUGAAGAGGAGGAUCUGUAACUUUAUAUAAUGAAGAGUUGGAGCUGUAACUAUAUAAUGAAGAGGAGGAGCUGUAACUAUAUAAUGAAGAGGAGGAGCUGUAACUACAUAAUGAAGAGGAGGAGCUGUAACUAUAUAAUGAAGAGGAGGAGCUGUAACUAUAUAAUGAAGAGGAGGAGCUGAUGAUGUUUAAAGGAGGAGCUGUAACUGUAUAUAAUAAAGAGGAAGACAGACAGAAACGGACAGAAGCAGAAAUGUCUGAUCAGUGUGAUCUGUGUCUGCUGGGACUGAUCAUUCUCUCUUCACUUCUCACAGGCACCAGUGGAGUGGAUCGUGUGUUCAUCAGUUCUGGUGUAGAUGUCCGUCUGUCCUGUAAUAAUGCUCUUUCUGACUGCAAAUCAACUACAUGGAUCUACUCUAACAUAUUCAGACGUCCACAGAUAGUUGAACUGAUUGAGUUAGGGAUAAAGAAUGAAGACACAGAGAGACAUGAGAGACUGAGUCUGGAGUCUGACUGCUCUCUGAACAUCAAGAACGCCACAGGAGAAGAUUAUGGAUUAUACACCUGCCAACAAUAUGUGAGCAGACGACAACACCAACCAGAAACUGAAGCACAUGUUUAUCUGCAUGUUCUUCAUGUUUCAGUGUCAUCAUCAUCAUCAUCAUCAUCAUCUUCAUCCUCACAGACUGAGAUCAGUCCAGGCCGCUCUGUGACUCUCUCCUGUCAGUUGUAUUUAUAUUCUGGAUUCUCCUGUAAUUAUUGGGUUCGUUCUGAGGGAUUUGAGCUGUUGUGGGUGAAUCAGGCUGGUGUUGAUCUGAAGACAGACUCCAGAUAUCAGAUAUCAUCAUCAUCAUCAUCAUCAUCAUAUCGCUGUAUCAUCACUCUGACUACAACACUCCUGAAUGAAGAUAACAACAGAGAGUGGAGAUGUCAGCUUACUCUCAGAAAUCAACUCCAGACGUCAGUCACAUACACUGUUAAGUAUUCAGGUGAUGUGUGUGAACAUUCAUCUUCUGCAGCUCCAGUCUCUUCAACAACACUGACUCCAGUCAGCAGAUCAAACUCUGAGAAGACAUCAAGCAGAACUACAGCAACAGCUCCUACACAAGUUGCAACUACAACUACAUCAACUACAGUAACAACACGUCCCACAGCAAACUCUCCGAAUCCAGUUGUAACUACAACUACAUCAACUACAGUAAUAGCACAUCCCACAGCAAAAUCUCUGAAUCCAGGGCUUGUGGCUGUGAUUGUGAUUGUUGCCGCUUCAUUCGCUCUGGGUCUUAUUCUCUGGGUGAUUCGUAAGAAAAGAGCAGUUAACAGAAGAGGGACUGCCCAGCAAGCAAUAGCCCUCAUUUCACCAUCUAGGUUAAAUAUAGACCCGAUAUAGUCCGGCUAUGUGUAACCCACUUCUAGCCAAAAUAACAUUGAAUCAUGGCUAAAUGUAAUUUUUUUCCAAAAUAGCUUGCAAAAUGUAUUUAUUCCAUCAUGUAAGCAAAGUCAACUGUGAUUACAAGGUGUUUGGUUUGAUUUCUUUGACAUUUUCUAUGUGUAGGCUGUGUGUAGACGCGAUCUAGCUCGUAUAGUCUGCCCGGCUAUUUAUAGCCCACUUCUAGUCGAAACUGAUUAAUUGUCGUUUUAACGAAUUGUUGGGCAGGCAACGCAUGAGAUGGUUGAUAUUUGAUAUCCCAUCAUGUUCGCAUUAGUAAACAUAUCUACAAGGUGCCAGUGUCAUAUCAUUACAUGGUCGAUCUGUAUAGUCACGAUCCUCUUGGAUGGGCUAUGUACAGUCUGCUUUUAGUCCACCGGCGAAAUCGAGGCAAUCAGUGGUCUACGUUUAACGGCUCGGCUAUAGCCCUGAUUUAGACCAGCGAUUAGUAUAGCCAAAAUAAAAUCUUAAAAUUGUUUACUUGUUUUUCACCCACGCAGCAUCAUGUUUGCUGUCACAGUCACACAUUAAUAAAAAAUCUACGGUUUUAUUUGACUGUCUUUCAUUUUAAAUUAAAUAAAAAUACAAUUACAUUUCUCAACCGCUAGAUGGGAACAGCCCUACUGAGACAUGCUGACAACGCGAGACUUGAUAGCACAGAUCACCGGUCACGCGAUCGACCAUUUUUUCAAGUAUUUUAAACGAGGCAGAGCAUGCAUGCAUUUAGCUGAGGGUCGACGACAACAGGUAAAAUACAUUCCCACUUUUGUCUUGUAAGCAUCUGUGUUUUCAUUUUGACGUGUUAAUUUUUUAGAUAAAUUAUUUGUUAUCAUGUUGUUGGAAUCGUGACAUUUUAGCGGGUAACAGUGUAUCAUGGUACAUGCACGUGUAACUGCUUUAUCUGCUUAUUUGUUACUGCUGUUCAGCUGAAAUAAAUGAUCAAAUCUUAAGACUCCAACAUUUCUCUUUGUAAUAUGUUGUUCAGGUUUAAUUCUAAUCAUAAUGUAACAUUAUUGAAAAACUGUUGUUUCUUCAGUACAAAAACCAAUGCUAAACUUUGACAAAAAGUAUUUUAUUUUUGUUAUAAUUGUGAUUUUAUAAUAUUUAGAUGUGAAUCCAACUUUAGAAACUAUAUCUUUCAGUAAUUCAAAUAGUAUAUAGGCCUAGGAGCUCUAUAGCCAUCUAGUGGUUAAAGUGACUUAUUACAAAUUUUAACCUGUAUUUUCCAAAUAAUGAGCAAAAGUUUUACAUUAAACCUUGUAAAAUUAUCCAUGGUAUCCCCAGGAAUGAAAGUUAGAAAUCUGGGUCUUUUAUAAAGUUUAUUGGUAACAC